CUUUUCGUUUCAAAUUUUGAUUUAUUUAAAUUAUUUCUUAAUUAUUAUUCUUUGCUUGAUUAGGGAACUGUUCAAUUUGGGAUCUGUCCGACCCUUCCCACCUGCCUGCCCCCUACCUGUUCCUCCCCCUCCAGUCCGGGCACUGGGCCAGUCCGUCAGAUUAGCCCUCGAGUGACUCUUCAGAAUUCGGGCACAGCAGUGCAUGACACUGCUCACUCGAUCACAAACCAAGGCCAUGGACCGGAAGGCGUGGGAAUCCCUCCUGAGCUAUGAGGAACGCCUGGCGGCAUUCAUUCAAGAGGCCAACGAUAGGGCCGCCGCCGCGGCCAAGGAACGUCAGCAGCUUGAACAAGAGGAGGAGGCCAAGCGACAGAAGGAGDAACAGGACCGACUUCGUCAAGAGGAGGCAGACCUGCAGGCGGCAGCUGAACACCGGUCACGCCAGCGGGAACGAUUGUUCACACGGGAGACCGUGAUCGGCGAGGAGGCCGCACGUUGGGUGGAAAUGACAUCUACAGACGAGGCCCCGGAGACUGAGAAAGGGCUGUCAGCCCUUGCACAGGUCUCCCACGACCUUGUGGCCACCUGCGCUCUGCAGCAGGAGGAAAUCCUCCACCUGCAGCAGACAGUGGACCAGAUGCUCGCACGGCUGCAGGCGUUGGAAAAACAGCUUGCAGCUGUAGCAGCCGCAGGGCCUGCAAACCUUGCGACCCGUGUUCGAGUCUUGGAGGACGACGUCGGCAAUAUCAAGCAUGUGCAUCAGGACUUCAGGACGUCGCAGCAAGCAACGAACUUGCAGUUGGAGACGCAGGUCCAGGCGGCUGCCACCGUGACGCCCGCCGCCGCAUCCUCCAGGCGCCCACCCAAGCUAGAUGACAUUCCAGUCUUCUGCGAUCAGUCCAAGACGGAACCGAUCCCGUGGUGGCGCCAGUUUACUCUCCGGCUCGACAUGCACCAUGUCCGGAACAACGAUCGACAUCCGUGCUUGUACCACCGAUCUGGUGGUGCGUGUCAAGCAUGGCUGGACAACAUCUUGACCAGCCACGGCGUAGCAGUGUCGGAACUACACACCAAGCUCACUUGGCAGGAGUUGACUUACGCCUGGCACAAGCGAUUCCAAGUGGAGCCGCCCGACCUGCAAGCGAUGGACAAGCUCAACAAGCUCCAUCAAAACACGCUGCUCAGUCAGGACUGGAUCACCGAGUUUCAAAGACUCGCCUCCACACCUAACCUGCCGCUCGCAUUCCGCGCCAUCAAGCAUUUGUUUAUCAUGCGCUCGCGCCCCGGCUCAUCUUCAUAAGGAGGGGGGCUUGUUACAUGCUGAGAGCCUCCACACGGGCCCCUCACGGGACCCGAGGUUGGAUAAGGGCCCCCAAGUC